UGCGUGACCGCGGCAGGUUGGUCCUAGAGCAGAUGAGCGCAGAAUAUUUAGGCGAGAGCGCGAGGAGGGGGGAGCGCGGGGCAGGAGGAGUAUCUCGGCCGAGAAAAUUAUGCAUGCGUUAGGGAAGCUCUGAGAGAAUGGCUGUGGAAGCUCUCCACUGUGGCUUGAAUCCCCGGGCUGUCGAUCACUCCUCCCGGGCCGAAGGCAUUAAACUGCAGAUUGAAGGGGAAGCUGUGGAAUCUCAACCCAUUAAAAACAAAAGUUUUCAGAAGGUGCUUGACCAAAAAGGAACCCCCAAGCGACUGCCAACAGAAGCUGAGACGGCUAAGUCGGCUACGGUGAAGCUGUCGAAACCAGUGGCUCUGUGGACUCAACAGGAUGUCUGCAAGUGGCUGAAGAAACAUUGUCCGAAUCAGUAUCAGAUCUACAGUGAGUCAUUCAGACAGCAUGACAUUACUGGGCGAGCCCUGCUGAGACUGACUGACAAAAAGCUUGAGCGGAUGGGGAUUGCCCAGGAGAACCUCCGGCAGCAUAUCCUACAACAGGUGCUCCAGCUGAAGGUGCGCGAAGAAGUCAGAAACCUACAGUUACUCACACAAGCCUCAACCGAGGGUUCUCCAUAAACGUGGUUAGCCUUCCAAGCUGCUGUCCUGCCAGUUGAUAUGAACGUGGCCUGUUCCUCACAGAAAGACUAACUCAUGGCACUGCCAGAAGAUCUCCAUGGAGCACUGACAGAUUAACCAGAUUAACUGAAAAAACUCCCAUUCAGUCAAGAUCAUGGGCUUUGAAAAAUCUUAGUUUGCUGUGGAUUUUAAAAUGAGGUGCAUAAUACACAGUGCCAACUUGCUCCAAGUGGUCAUUGGCAGACCAUUAGCUGGAAAAUUGCUUCCAGUUUUCAUCACUGUGCAUAACUCAAGCUCCCUUAGGGGAGCUGUCUGUGCCCUUCACUAGAAGUCCUAUUUUAGCAUGGCAACUACUGGAUUAUUUUAUUAUGUGUGCAGAUGGCAUGAUAUGUUAGACAAAAAAAAAAUCACAGCAGUUCUGCAAUCUCAGUGGAAGCGUUCACGAUACUCUGCCCUGGUAGGAAUGUAAACAUGUCUUGAUUAUGUUAGUUACGAUGUCUAAAGGUAUUCUGUCCAACUCUUAAGCACUUUACAUGAGAACACGACACCAAAACCAAUCAGCACGUCCAGUACAUGUGGGAAAACAAGUAUUCUCCCUCUCUCUCUCUCUCUCUCUCUCUCUCUUUUUUCCUUUUA